AUUCCAGAUCGCAGCCAUGGCAGGCGACGAGGAUGAGCACUAUACGGUGCUGGGGCUGCCUUCAGGAGAAGAAGGGUUUCAGCUGUCGUCAGAGGAGAUUCGUCGAGCGUACAAGCGCAAGGCAUUCGAGCUGCACCCGGACAAGAGGCCCGACGACGAGAACGCAAAACAAAAGUUCCAGAAGCUGCAAUCGUCCUACCAAGUGCUCAAGGACCACACAUCGCGCAACCAAUACAAUGAUCGCCUUCGCCUCAAGAUACUGCAGGGUCGUCGUCGUCGUUCCUCCUCCGAGCCAGAGAAGAAGAAGCAGAAGCAGCAGGCCCACCGAUCUUUUCCUAUUGUACUAUUGCUACUCGGUUUAAUAAACAGAAUAGUUGAACGAAUCUCCCAACCCUAAUUUCCUUUCCAUUAUUUCUUCUUCGAUCUUUCCCAAAUUCCCUCAUACGAAACAACCUAAAAACGUGUUUCUAUCGUCUGGUAUUAGAGCGAGAAUGAGUUCGCGUCACAACUCACUACUCAAGAGUCGCGGGCUCGACGAAUCAAAGAAAAGCUAGCUGCAAUGUGCCAUCAACUCACAGGCUUGAAGUUUCACUUGACAAUAACGGACUUACGCUACGGAAAAUACUACAUUCGAUGUAAAAAUAAUUUACCUAACAUAAACCUUUGUGUAAUGCAAAUUAAUGAGAUUGUCAAAAUGUUAGUUAAUACCUUAAUGAUAAAGGAAUUUUUAUUCAAACUUAUAUUACGAAAGGCCGGCGUAAUAAGUUUGUUUCGUUGAUACAUAAGAAAUAACUAUCCAUCGAUCCACAGUGUCUUAAUCAUUAUGGAAGACCUACGUAAUGCGUUUGCUUAAUAGGUACAUAAGAAAUAACUAUCACUGAUACGUUUUACGUAUUGUCUUAAUCAUUACGGAAGACUUAUGUAAUACAUUUGCUUAAUUGAUACAUAAGAAAUAAAUGUCCCUCCAUGAUAUUGUAUAUUCUUUCAUUCCACUUCUCCGGCCUCCUAAUGGAGUCUAAACAUGUAUGUUAUUUCAGCGGUAUGAAACAGGUAAAUUACAGUUAAACCGUGAUUUCAUCACAAAAUAUAAUAUCGUUAUCUUUUUUUUGUACAACUUCCAGUAUGGUUUGACAAUGCUUGCUUUCACAUGGUACAAUCUUACAUAGUGUUCAUUUGGGUUUCAUAGUGCAAACUUCAAACACGUGAGUUGGUCUUAGUAGGCAUAUAUUGACCAUACAAACAUCAUGAUCGAGUUAUCAUAGUCGGUCCAUAUAGAAGAGGUAAUUGCUAUAUAUACACACAUGUGUGUGUUCUGCCAUUGCUGUUUUGAUGUAGCUUUUUUCAUGUGUUUUUUUUUUUUUUCAGUACCGUCGAUAGCUACAUUUCAUGCAGAUUCACACACGUCGGUUUACCCAAACACCAGCCAAGAAGUAAUACCCAUUUCGUAAUACACAAUGAAUGCUAGCUAGCUAGGCGAGUCUUCAUUGAGAGGGGAGAAUUUGGGUGGAUUCUGGUGUUGGUUGAGAAGGAAGACAUGCACGUGAUUGUUUAGUGUUAAGUAGGAUUUUAUUUAUAAUGUCGUUUUGCAGACUGCAACGACAGUGUUUAUGGAGUUGAAUCACCAAUGAAGCAUGCAUUUGACCAUAUAGAAAUCAUAACAACACAAAAUGGUAAAUUAAAACAACGAAGAUUGGUCGAGAUGUUAAUUAUUAACUAGAUCCAGGAUGAUCUUCAAAGUUAGGGUCUUGAUUCUUCUCCAUGAUUAGUUUUCAACUUUUCAAUAGGUCAAGUUGACUUCGAAGUUCAAACUUAAAAUAGGAGACCUCGUUUUGGAAGUUGUGUUAUUAGUAUAGUUGGAGGAAUUGUAUUGGCGGUCUGUCCAGAAAAUUUCGAGCGUUGGAGAUUCGCCUCUAUAAUAGUCUAUUAGUUUGCAAAAAGGAAAGAAGAGUUUUGUUGGUCGCCCUCCACCUAGCCGUCGGGAAUGUAUCUUGCCUAUGCAUUUGAUCAAUGAAGGGUGUUGUUUCGAUCAAGAUUAUGAACCAUAAUGAUUGGGCUCUGUAUCAAAUUUCAUUUUGUUCGAUCUCCUCGGGUGUGAAUGAAAAUGUGUCGAGAGG